AUGGCCAGCGUGGCAGCGGCGAUCAAUAGAGCGUCGUCGUCGAAAGUCGAUGCGGAUCUAUGGUGGUCCUCACACGGUGCCUUGCUGGCGCGACUCGAGGCGAUUGACAGUGGAGGGAGUGACAAUGUCGAGGAGGAUGGUCGCGAGCUGGCCAGGAGCCUAUCAGAGCAUCACACGUGGCUGCUACACGGCUUGGCGCGCUUCAAGCCUCCCAGCAGCCGAUCCCGCGACGCCAUUGGCGCGGCUCGUCUGGAGGUGGGGGUGGGGGGAGCAGCUGGCGCUUUGCAAGUGACGAUCCCAGUGGUUGGACGGCUAAGAGAAGCUGCUGUGACUGCAAGCGCUGUGAUUAUCGUGGCGUUGUAUCAGGAGGAGAGGCAGAGCCUGCUCAAAUGCCUGCGGCUUUUGCUGGCCAUGCAAGCUGAUUCUUCCUCCCCUUAUGCCGCUGCAAUCGAGGGGGAGGUCAGCUCAGCUGCCAUUGAAGGGGAGGUGAGCGCGCUGCUGAAGGAGGGGCUGCUGUCAAACGUCAUGGCUCAGCUGAGGUUGCUCCCGCGAUCCCAACCCCCCAAGGCUCUGGAGCUUUUCUUUGGCUUCACUCCCUCUCCACAGCCCCUCUCCUCAUCUCCAUACUCCACCCCUCCCUCCUCCUCCUCGCUCUCCUCCUCCGUAUCUCUCGCCUCGCUAGCCAUCAGUGCAGCGGCCGAGUCACUCCUCUGCACCGCACUGCACCGUGCUGUGCUCCUGUUAAUCGCAGCUGUGGACGUGGAGGGGGUAGUCGUGGCCCUGGCGCAGGGGGCGAAUUUCAGCACGUCGCAACACCCGCUCUCCUCGCCCUCCGACCUCUCGGAAGUGGAUCAAUGCCUCUCUGCGUGGCUCUCUUGCCUUCUCUCUGCCGCUGCCGCCAAGGGAAGGCCGGGAGGGGCAGGCCAGAGCCCUGAGUUUGGCAGUGGAAUGGGGGUGGCAGAGGAGGGAAUGGAGGAGGACUUUGGAGGGGGGGGAAGGGGGGAGCGGGGACUCACUGGUUUAAAUGCAGUGGUGCCGUUGGUGGGGGGGGGGACUGGUAGUGCCGGAGCAGGGUCAGACGUAUCUCCUGUGCUGCUCGCAUGGGGUCUCGUGCGCAUGCUGCUGCAGUGGCUGCCGGAUUCCUCUCACCUGCCGCCACCUGUGUUGAACCCGGGUGUGUGUGUGCAAGCAGCCUAUGCAGCAGGAGCGCUGGACUGGAUUCUCUCCUCGCUGCUCUCCUCUUCCCUCGCCUCCCACCCUUCCAACGACCCUGAGUCGCUAUGCACUGACUUCUGGGACGCAUCAGCAUCUCCAUCCGAUGCCCCUCUCCGCUCGCUCCUAGCCGCCACCAGACGGGACUUCCCCGCCCGCCCCCUGCCCUUCCUGCGCCUCCUCUCUGCCCUCUCCCACGGCUCAUGGCCCGCCCGCUGCACCCCCCCAGCCGCUGCUGCUGCCGCGCUGUGGGGGGCUGCUGGUUCCUGCUGGGGCGCGGGGGAGGUGGUGGAACGGGAGAACGGACUUUCACUGGUGCAUUUUGAGGUGAGCAAUGGAGGGGAAGGUAGGGUCUGUGCCUCCCUCUCCGCCCUCUCCGCCCUCUCCGCCCCCCAGCCCCUGCUGCUGCCGCGCUGUGGGGGGCUGCUGGUUCCUGCUGGGGCGUGGGGUGAGGUGGUGGAAGGGGGAGGGAGGGAUGGACUCGCACUCGUGCACUUCGAGGUUCCUCUGAGUGCGCUCCUCAUCCUGCUUUUCAAUCUCGUGCACCGAGCACAGUCCCCCUCAGCGCGCUCCUCAUCCUGCUCUUGCGCCUUGUGCACCGCGCAUGCAGGACCACAUAACACACCCCUUCCACCUUCCCCACCCCUGUUUGUUACUCCUCCCUUCCUCCCACCAGGUCCCUAUAAGCGCCCUCCUCAUCCUGCUCUUGCGCCUCGUGCACCGCACACAGCAGGGCCCAACUACACAGCCAUUCCUCCUUCCCACCGUCAUUCCUCCUUCCCACCGUCCUCUUUCCCCUCCCCUGCGUGUUCCACCCCCUCCCACCACCAGGUCCCCCUCAGCGCCCUCCUCAUCUUGCUCUUCCGCCUCGUGCACCGAGCACAGCAGGACCAGGAUGCCUCUCCUGCUACUGCCACGUGGCAGUCCGCCAUUGGCGGAGCUGACGUCAGUGCUGGUGCCGCAGGGAUGGUGGGAGAGGAGGAAGCAGCGGAGGAGCUGGCUGUUUCCUUUUCUACCCCCCUCUCUCCCCUCUCCAUCUUCCAACUCUCUCCCCACCAUUACCGCGCUUCCCAUCUUCCCAUCUUCCCAUCUGCGUCUGUAGCUGUCACUGUUCCUUCUUUCUCCCCAUCAGUUCUGCUCUUACCAUCUCUCUCCCCCCUCCUCGCACCCCCCAUGUCCUGCCCAUCAGGCGUGUGUGAGGGCGCUCCUGCAUCUGCACUCCUCGCCCCUUGUUGCAGCUGCAUUGGCCAAUGGGCUGCUGCCACGUGGCAUGACGUACAUUGGACCCCACCGCACUCAUCACAGACAGCCAUACUGGACGGCCUGCUCUCCUCCCCUGCUCUCUUUUUGAGGCGCCUCAAAGAUAUUAUUUCGCCAAUCUGCCAAACUCCCUUCCCCUCCCUCCUCCCCCCUCCUCUCCUCCCUGUAACCACCAGAUUGGACCCCACCGCGCUCAUCACAGCCAUUCUGGACGGCCUGCUCUCCUCCCCUGCUCUUCUUUCGAGGCCCCUCAUUUUGUACCCUCCCUCUUUACCUCCCCCCUCCUCCCUCCCUCUCCUCCCUGUAACCCCCAGAUUGGACCCCACUGCGCUCAUCACAGCCAUACUGGAUGGCCUCCUCGCCUCCCCUGCUAUCUCCGCCCCCUCCUCCCCCUUUUCCUCCUCCUCAUCCUCCCCGUCCUCCUCCUCCUCCACCUCUCAAUCACCAUCUGCUGCUGUCGCUCUGGCCUCGGCUGCUUGCUGCCUGCGAAUACUGGCUGCCUUUGCCCUCCUCCAUCCUGAGCGUGUUGCUUCUGCACUUUCUUCCUCCAUCUUCUCCCCAUCAGCCCUAUCCUCCGACCUCCAACUCCAAUCAGGGCCUGCCACGAGUCCUCUGCACCUGCUGUGCUUCCAGAUCGAGCAACCACUGGGAAGCUUCCCUUUCACUCUUGCAGCUCUGGACCUGGCAGCAGCGCUGGUGAAGCAGGGAGUGACAGGAGGACCGGUGCCAGACCUGCUGGGGUUCGCAGUGAUGGAUGUGCUGCCCAACUAUGGGGCGUGGCGCAUGGAGGACGGCAGGGAGCGAUGGCUCAUGGCUGGCAAGGUGAGACGCUGGGAGAUGGGAGCCAUCGGGAAACCGGGCAACCGCCUGGACCACCACGCGCGCGCCUGGACCAACGCGCGCCCCUGGACCAACGCGCGCCCCUGGACCAACGCGCGCCCCUGGACCAACGCGUGCGCCUGGACCAACGCGCGCGCCCGGACCAACGCGCGCGCCUGGACCAACGCGCGCGCCUGGACCAACGCGCGCGCCUGGACCAACGCGCGCCCCUGGACCAACGCGCGCGCCUGGACCAACGCGCGCGCCUGGACCAACGCGCGGUCCUGGACCAACGUGCGCGCCUGGACCAACGCGCGCGCCUGGACCAACGCGCGCCCCUGGACCAACGCGCGCGCCUGGACCAACGCGCGCGCCUGGACCAACGCGCGCGCCUGGACCAACGCGCGCGCCUUGUCAAACAUUGUCCUCCGCUAG